CUUUUGCCUCCAUUUGGAAUUUUGAGCUUCCUGCUCGCCCUUCCUCCCCACAGAAUGAAGAUUCUUAACAUUGAAGCGAGUGAAAUCAUGAUGAGGGAUGAAAGGAACUUCUCUCUCAAAGAGUCACAAGGAAGACCUAGGCCCCAUCGACGCAACACAAAUUCCACCUUGUCCGCGAGAGAUGUCAACAGUGUUUCCAUGCCCAGGAUGUUCCUGUGGACCAAGUCACCGCAACUCACAGAGCAACCAGAAAGGAACAUACAUAAAAAGACAAAACCACGAGAUAUUCUGGAGAAAAGGAAAACAGUCACUGCCCUGAAGGCUGGUGAAAACAGGGCCAUAUUUCUGGGUCUGGCAAUGCUGGUGUGUUCAAUAUUCAUUGCCUUCCUUCUGGGAACAAAAGUGAUUCAACAAAACAAGGCGAGUGUUUGGACAGGUGUAUCGGAAUGCACUGUUCUUGAAGCAAGAAUCACAAGCUGCCCAAACUGCAGCAUCAACUGCGGGCCAGAUUGCUGGAACCCAUCAGAGUACACCUGCCUACAGGUUUACGUCAAUCUAUCCUCUUCAGGGAUGAAGGUUCUGUUACACCAGUCGGAAGAAACUGUACGCUUCAAUCCUGAGUGUUUCUGCACGUCAAAUUGUAAAAGGAAUUAUUCCGAAAAUAAGGUGCUGUUGGCUUCGCUUAAAGGGAACAUCACGCAGUUUCAAUCUUUCCCAUGUUAUUAUGAUCCGAAAGGGCGGCAAAGAAAUGUUCUCCUGGAGAGAUUCGACAUGUUUAAAGCUUUGUAUUUAGUGAUGAUCUGGCCUUCGUGCCUGUUUCUUGGCGGAAUUAUCCUGGUGGUUCUGGUGAAGUUGACACAAUACCUGUCCUUUCUCACUGACCAGGCUCAGUAAGGAACUGAAAAAGAAAUUGCCAAUAGUCAUCGAUUUUUCUUUACGGAUUGUACCAAGAUACCAACCAGGAAAAUUACAGGAUCUUGAAACGUCUACGGGAACUUCAGUCUAUUAAUGCCCGGCAAGCCAUGUAAUGUGCAGCACAGUCUGGGUGUCAGGGGUCAUGGGGAGAAGGCAGGAGAAUAGGGUUGAGAGGGCAAGAUCGAUCAGCCACGAUUGAACGGGCAGAGUACACUCGAUGGGCCGACUGGCCUAAUUCUGCUGCGAUAAGGUGAACUUAUGAACUGAUGAGCACAGUGGUGCAGCUGAUAGAGCCGCUGCCUCACAGUGGCCGAGACCCGGGUUCGAUCCUGACCUCCAGUGCUGUCUGCGUGGAGUUUGCACGUUCUCCCUGUGACCGCAUGGGUUUCCUCCGGGUGCUCCCAAGUCCCAAAGACGUGCGGGUUUGUAGGUUAAUCGGCCCUCUGUAAAUAGCCCCCUAGUGUGUAGGGAGUGGAUGAGAAAGUGGGAUAACAUAGAACUAAUGUGAAUGGGUGAUCGAUGGUCAGAGUGGAUUUGGUCAGCUGAAGGGCCUGUUUCUAUGCAUUUUCUCAAAACUAUCUGCUAAACUGAAGAAUGUCUUAAAGUUGUGCGACUAAUGUUUAGCACAACAAUGGUGAAGCAAAAUCCAUUGUCCCAAAUCGCUGAUACCUAUGCAUUCUAAACAACCAAAUUCUAAGGAUAAUUUUAGCAAAUAAAAGCAAUUCUGUGCAAAUAUUUACAUUAUUAUUAGUAUUCACUUUAUCCCAGGUGAAUCUUUUCCUUUAUAAAGGUGAAUUUAACAUGGAAAUAGCAAACAUUUUGGUCUUAUUUUUAAAUAGCAUUCUUUCAAUCUAAUUUUUAUACAGGAAUCUGAGGGGCAACUUUUUUUACACAAAGGGUGGUGGGUGUAUGAAACGAGCUGCCGGAGGAGGGUGUUGAGGCAGGGACUAUCACAAAGUUUAAAAGGCAUUUGGAAAGGUGCAUGGAUAGGACAGGUUUGAAAGGAUAUGGGCCAAACGCAGACGGACUAGCAUAGAUGGGGAAUGUUGGUCGGUGUGGCCAGGUUGGGCCAAAAGGCCUGUUUCCAUGCUAUAUUACUCCAUAUUUCAAUUCUAGCAUCUGCAGUCUCCAGUGUCUGCAUUAACUAGCUCUCUUCUAAUCUGCCAUGUACAUAUUGUUGUAAGCCAUUUAGAACUGAGACGAGGAAACACUUUUUCACACAGUUGUGAGUCUGUGGAAUUCUCUGCCUGAGAGGGCGGUGGAGGCUGGUUCUCUGGAUGCUUUCAAGAGAGCCAGAUAGGGCUCUUAAAGAUAGCGGAGUCAGCGGAUAUGGGGGGAAGGCAGGUACGGGGUACUGAUUGAGGAUGCUCAGCCAUGAUCACAUUGAAUGGCGGUGCAGGCUCGAAGGACCGAAUGGCCUACUCCUGCACCUAUUGUCUAUAACACAAACAUAAUCUGUCCAUUCCCUCCACAGAUGCUGCCUGACCCGCUGAGUCCCUCCACCACCUUGUGUUUUUGUUCAAGAUUCAGAUUCUGCUGACUCUUGCAUCUGCUUGGUAUUUUUAGUAGAUUUAGUACAGUACAUCAGUUGAACUAGGGUAGACAAAAACCUCUGCCGCACCUGGAAAGGCUGCUUUGGUCCUUGGAUGGAGUCUAGGGGGGAGGUAAAGCGACAAGUUGAACUAAAUCAGAUUCAACGAUAUUGGUUGAAGAUUAUUGUCAUUUUGUGCUUUGUAAGUAAAACACUUCGCACGCGUAGGAUUUUAAAGGUGGAUUGUUAUUUUGAGAAGCUUCAGCAAAGCCAAACAUACUGCAGGAAAUUAAACAGCGUUUGUUUAUGUUGGAAGAUAGUUCUGUCCAACAUUGCCCUCCAGUGUGAAGGUGAUCAAUUGCAAGUCCCACCAAGAUGAAUUCAGCUUGCGACUUCUGCAGAAGGGUUGAUCCACGAUGGAAAAGUGUUCCCUCCUUUGUUAUAAGUAUAAACUUCUUAUAACAUAGGAAUGCAUUAUCAAUGAUUUUAGUACUUAGUUACAUGUUCACACAAUACUUAUUUUGAAGGGUCUCGACCCGAAACGUCACCCGUUCCUUCUCUCCAGAGAUGCUGCCUGUCCCGCUGAGUUAGUCCAGCAUUUUGUGUUGACCUUCGAUUCAAACCAGCAUCUGCAGUACCCUCCUACAGUGCUCUAUGCUGUCACUACCAAAACCGCAGAUGCUGGAAAUCUGAAAUAAAAUUAGAAAUUGCUAAAUUCCUUGACAGAAUGGGCAGCAUUUGUGGAAAUACAGAAAAUACAUACGUCAGCGUGAAAUAUCAUCUCCAUCUCUACAGACGCCUUCUGCCCUGUUUAUUAUGUCCAAAAUUUUCUGUUUCCUUUUGAGAAGUUUCAAAAUGUAGAGCUUAAAAUAAUAAAAUAAAGUGUAUUAAGUAGCCAUUCGUUACAGUAUUUAUAUGAAUUGUUUAGUGGAAUUAGUAGCAAUGUUUCUGAAGAUAGACGUAAAAUGUUGGAGUAAUGCCCCUGUCCCACUUAAGAAACCUGAACGGAAACCUCUAGAGACUUUGAGCCCCACCCAAUGUUUCGGUGUGGUUCCCAGAGGUUCCCAGAGGUUUUUGUCAGUCUCCCUACCUGCUUCCACUACCUGCAACCUCCGGCAACCACCUGCAACUUC